UAUAAAUGCAGGCGAGCUGCCCACUACUCUUGAAAGCUCGAGCUCGGUCUCAGACGAGUAGUCUCAGUGCUGUUGAGCGAGAGCGGACUUGCCCCGCCGUCGUCAGUACACUGUCAGCAGCACAGCACAUCCAGAGUCUCACUCCUUGGUCCAUUGACGCUUUUCUUUUCAGUACUUUUCCACGCCUAAAUCUUCUUUUUGGCGGCACGCGGAUUCCCAGCGAUUUUCCUACAGCAUAACUACGCCCUUCCUCCAGCUCAUACCUAAUACCUCUCAAUAAUUCCUCCUCCGCCUUCCAUCAGAUCAGUCUCGAACUCCCGCCCACCAUGACCAAGCCCCAACUCGUCCUAAUCCCCGGCGCCUGGCACACCCCCGAAUGCUUCUCCCUCAUCACUCCGAAGCUGCAAGCCGCCGGCUACGCAGUCCACACGCGCCAGCUCCCCUCAGUCGGGAGCGCGAACCCUCCGCCGGAUCUCUCGCAAGACAUCGCGGCCGUCAGGGAACUUGUGACCGCCGCGAUCGGAGACGGGAACGACGUGCUGGUCGUGCCGCACAGCUGGUCUGGCAUCGUGGCCGGCAGCGCUCUGACCGGCAUGGGGAAGAAGCAGAGGGAGGAGAGGGGCGAGAAGGGCGGCGUGGUCAGGGUGGCGUAUAUGUGUAGUUUUAUUGCGCCUGAGGGGGUGAGCUUGAUGGAUGCUCUUCAGGGCGAGAUUCCGCAUUGGUGGGAGGUGCAGGGCGACUACUCCAUCACCAAGCCCCACGCAGCCGGCGUCUUCUACAACGACCUGCCCGAAGCAGACCAGCAGUACUGGUACGCGAAGACGUCGACGCACUCGUUCGGCACGAAAACGGCCAAGGCGACGGCCGCGAGCUGGAAGGAGAUCCCGACGGGCUAUCUGCUGUGCGAGGAGGACAUUCCGAUUCCGCCGUUUGCGCAGGAGCUGAUGACGGGGCAGGUGCGGGAGAUGGGCGGUGAGAUCGAGAUCACUAGGAUUAAGAGCGGGCAUAGUCCGUUUUUGAGCAGGGUAGAUGAGACGGUGGCGUGGAUUAGGAGGGCCGCUGGGGAGGACGUUUAAGUGCGUGGAGAGGGGAGAGGGGAAUGGGUGAGAGAGGAGUCCCUUAGAACUGCCCGGUUCAAUCUAGGCUUUGCUGGGAAGGGGACUUGGAAUGUGUGACCAUUCUCCUGGGUAGAGUUGCUGGCUCAUUCCAUUGAGAUGCUGGUGUUUCUGGAGAGGACCGAAUUGAUCUCAACUGGCCAGCUAAAUGGGCGAUGAACGCGUCGACGUUUCCGUGGAAUCGGGCCUGUCUUAGGCUUUAAUGCGCAUUGUCAGAUGGAGCUUGCUGCUCAGGAUGUUCGUGUAACUUACAUGUGCAGGAUCGUCUUGAGAAUCAAAAGCGGCGGCCGUUUCCCCGUCUUGAUCGCUUCCUCUGCAACCAUCUUAGCGGCUUC